AUGCACGACCCAGUUUCCUUUAAGCCCUUUUCCGAACACUCGCACAUUGUGGCGCUCGCAACGACGGGGAAUGUAUACCUGGCGGAAAGCUUGAAGAACAUGGGAGGUCGGGAUGCCAUUGACGAUUCUCCAUUUCAAAAGUCGGAUAUCAUUACACUUCAAAAUCCGCACGCAUUGAUGGAACCACCGAAACCACCUCCUUCAGCGAAACCAAAGACGACGGUUUCGAAAUCGUCUGCGGGCGCCGCAGCCACGGCCAGCAAAUCAAAGGCUCCAGAACCAUACAACGUGUCGCCAUAUUCGUCGGGUCUUCCAGGUGCAUCGCUCACUUCGACGUCCAUUGACCCACAUACGGCAUCGACGCCGGCCAUGUUUGACGAAGAAGAGCUCAUGUUUGAUGCGAUCCAAAACCCAGUCAAGGCCAAGAAGGAGAAGGACGUCGGCAAGCGGAGGGCGUACGUGCGUGUGGUGACCAGUCUCGGAGGAAGCCUCAACUUGGAGUUGUUCUGUGAAAAGGCGCCAAAGACAUGCUACAAUUUUCUCAUGCUGGCACGAGAAGGCAAGUAUAAUGAUGUGAUAUUCCAUCGAAUGAUUCCGAAUUUUAUGGUGCAAACUGGAGAUCCUACGGGGACUGGCUCAGGAGGACAAUCGUACUGGGGAUCGCCAUUCCGGGACGAGUAUGAUCUAAAAGGGGCGGCGAAGCAUGAUUCCAGGGGUGUGCUGGCAAUGGCAAAUAAAGGCAAAGGUUUAGGCUUUCCAAAGUUUAUCAAACUCGGUCUUAUUAUCUAUUCAGACACCAAUGGGUCGCAAUGGUAUAUUACCUUCCGGGCAACGCCACACCUUGAUGGGAAACAUACUGUAUUCGGCAAGCUGGUGGGUGGAGAGGAUGUGCUCGAUGCGCUGGAGCAGAUGGCGGUGAAGCCUGGCACAGACCGACCUUUGAAGCCGGUCAAGAUUACCGAAGUGGCCAUCCACGCGGAUCCAUUCGAUGAUUACAAGAGGCGGCUAGCCAAGAAGCUUGCGCACCAGCAACAGAGUGCGUCUAGUUCUUCGCUCGCGGCAUCUGCGUCGUUGAGCGAGGCGGAGAGGAAAAAGGCAGAAGCUGAGCGAGCAGGCAACUGGUUUGGCGAGGUGAUCAAGCCUUCGAGCUCUGCCGCGAAUGGGAGCAGUGGGGGAGGCGGGAGCGGGGUGGGCAAGUACCUGCAGCUGAAGCGGCCUCGGGAAGGAGGUGGACAAGACGUGGGAAGUGAGACGAAGAAGCGGAAAGUAGGCUGGGGAGACUUCAGCGGGUGGUGA